GCGCGCGCGCGCCAACUGUUUUGCAUGUGCAUGAUGAUGGGGCGUAUACCCAUGGUGGGUAGAUGGUGCGUAACGGAGACGGAGUGCAGUUUACUGUAGGAUCGUGCGCGCACAGAUCUCCUGUCACUUGAAGCUACACCACUCGUAGUGCACGCAUUCAGAAAAUGGUCAGUCUCAAACAAUGCAUCCAUCUGCGUGGUUAGGCGAAAAUGAGUGAACUUUGUCGUUUUCAGUAAGACACCUCUACGUCUCCACGAGUGUCAUCUUUGAAACGUUCCCAAACUCGAAGUCCUUAGAGGAGGCGGGAAGUCAGAGCCACCCGCCAAGAGGACAAGGCACUUAUCUUAAGGUACUGAGCUGUUGAAAUCCUAUCAGAAGUGUCUGUCAAAGGGAACAGUUUCAUCUACUCUUCCGACGCAUCUCUUGGGAGUACGCAAUCCGCCGUUCAUCGAAACUGGAGUUUAUCUGUCAAAGUUCGGGUGAUGUCGAUGUCACACUCAGAUUGUCGGUUUGUUAUUGUGCCAAUGGAUUAUCGGGCGUUGCUCUGAAACCCUGGCCGGGACUGAGGUAAUCCCAGGAAGCGGGACACCAGGAUGAGCGAGGGAGCGGUGCAGAGGGCUGUCACUCGGGCAAUACUGUUGCUGUUCUGCAUGGUCACCAUCUGGAGAUUACCGGGGAGGACGGAGGGCUACAAAGAGCACAGUGUGAUAACAGGUACCUGUGAGGUGGUGGCUCUGCAUAGGUGCUGCAAUAAGAACAAGAUUGAGGAGCGCUCGCAGACGGUGAAGUGCUCCUGCUUCCCCGGGCAGGUGGCCGGGACAACGCGAGCAGCGCCCUCCUGUGUGGACGCGUCCAUCGUGCAGCAGAAGUGGUGGUGCCAAAUGCACCCGUGUCUGGAUGGAGAGGAGUGCAAAGUUCUCCCCGACCUCAAAGGCUGGAGCUGCGCCAUGGGCAACAAGAUCAAGACCACCAGGAUUUCGGCGGACUGAGAUCAGCUGUGGUACAACUCUGAAAUGAUCCGACUCAGAUGGGGGGUGCUGGAGAGUGGAUCCAUAGAUGAACAGUGAUCUCUCGGUUCAAUCCUUUUUUUUAAUCGUCCGAUGGUCUGAUGGUUGUCCAGCAGAAGAAGCUUUUUUUUUUUUUUUUUGUAAAUACAGACCUAAGCUCUCUAAGGACUGCCAUACCUCUGGCAGAUGGACACAUGCAUUGGACAGUGAAGUGAAUGCAAUUUGUGGUGCCAUGGGAUGUACAUGUAUGCUGUCCUUUUGAAGAGAGCCGUUCUUCGUGUAGUCGGUGGCUGUAUCUUUGCAUAUGCAAUAUUUGUCAAGCAAAAAACAAAAUGAAAACUUUCAAGAGCAGAAGAACAAUCUCCUCCCUGGACUUGACUGGGAGGGUAAAAGAAUCAAGCGUGCUGACGUGGAAACGUAUAGACUGGGCCUGUGUGUGCCGUACAUUUAGUUAGACACGGCGCCCUCCGACAUAUUUAUCGCCGGGAGGCCAGGCAAAACUGGCCCGAAUCCAGUGACGACUUGAAGGGUCGAUGAAUGUUGAUGGUUUUGUUUCAUUUUUGUUGUCCCUAAAUGAUGAUGGCGAUUCGUUAUUUGAAUGUAAAGACGCGUAUAGUAGUUGUGUGAAAUGCAGCUCUUUCUGUUCAGUUACUCCCUGGGUCCCAUAGCAAGGCCUGGGAGAAGGUGAUGAUGUCAUCUUUUGUAUCUGUCCAUUUUCUCCCCAUUGUUUGCUGGUUACUUUUUAAGCUGGUGUCAUUAUGGCUUCCAUCCUUUGUGCAAUGAUAUUAUAAACCAGUAAUAAAUUAUUGUUGUGACAUUAAA